AUGUGGAGAUAUCCAAAACACAGCUUCUCUUUUCGCCUAAAGGGUGAUCCAGUAGGCUGCGGCUAUCCGGCCUAUGAACUUUCUUGUGUGAACAACAAAACCAUCUUGGAAUACGAUCCAGGAACAUACUACGUCAAGAACAUUUCCUAUAAUGAACUUUCAAUCCAUCUCAUUGAUACAAACUUUGCCAAUGGAAGCUGCAGCCUUCCAUCUGGAUCUAUAGAUUCAGUGGAUGAGUUAACCGAAGAUUUUCCUUAUAGGCCACUAGGGCAUCUCUCAUAUAUCACUAUUAACGGAGAAGGCCACUUAUUGGCUCAUCUUGAGCAAGAAAAAUCCUCUUCUCUCAUUUCAAUUGCUCCUGCAGAUUCUGUAGAUGUCAAGUUCCCUUCUUAUGAAGAUGUCAUGAAAGUGUUGCAGGCAGGGUUCAAUCUUGGAUGGUUGGCUGAGCUCCCGUAUUGCCCUACAUAUGAUGCUUCAUGUAGAGUAAAUAAUCCAGGGAGUAUUAUGUAUGGUUCGUAUGUGAGCUUCGACUUAUUCUGGAACAUUCCAUUAGUUGCAAUGACAAACAACUUUGAAGAGAAACUAGGCCGGCAGGGUGGGCUUGGGUUGGGUCAGUAUAUAAAGGGCAGCUUCCAGAUGGUUGCCUAA